AAACAAGUUAACACUUGGUGACGCCAAACACAAUAAAGACAGCAUAUAACAUAAGCAUCUACUUUAGAGAGAGAGAGAGUUCACGAGUGUUUCACCGCCAUUUUGCAACUGGAAUCGAACUACUACUACGUACUACCACUAGUCCACUACAUGGUACAUAUCCAAGCUCUUAAAAUCCAAAAUACUCGUAUGAGUUGGUGAACCCUUCACGGGGUGGAACCAUUUUUGGUCUCUUUCUUCACCCACCAACUCUAACACCAGUGGUCCACGCAAAACCACGUCAACCUGAACCGGGAGUUUCGGAGUUGCCUUGCUGCUUUUGCUUUAUCUUUAGGAAUGAUAAUAAUGAGAGAGUUGAGCUUCUUGUUGGGUGAUGCAAAAAGUGUUCUUUUCUUUUUCUUUCUUAAGCACAUGGAUCGGUCUGCUAUGACUGUUGGGCCGGGAAUGGAUUUGCCGAUCAUGCAUGACAGUGAUCGCUAUGAACUUGUGCGUGACAUUGGUUCUGGCAACUUCGGAGUAGCCAGGCUUAUGAGGGACAGGCACACCGAGGAACUUGUUGCUGUUAAGUAUAUUGAGAGAGGUGAAAAGAUAGAUGAAAAUGUACAAAGGGAAAUUAUAAAUCACAGAUCACUGAGGCAUCCCAAUAUAGUCAGGUUCAAGGAGGUUAUUUUGACCCCAAGCCAUUUGGCAAUUGUGAUGGAAUAUGCUUCUGGAGGAGAGCUAUUUGAGCGAAUAUGCAAUGCUGGGCGGUUCAGUGAGGAUGAGGCACGAUUCUUCUUCCAACAACUUAUAUCAGGGGUUAGCUACUGUCAUGCAAUGGAAGUAUGCCAUCGUGAUUUGAAGUUGGAAAACACAUUGUUGGAUGGUAGUCCAGCUCCUCGUUUGAAGAUUUGUGAUUUUGGUUAUUCCAAGUCCUCGGUACUACAUUCACAACCAAAAUCUACAGUUGGAACCCCUGCAUAUAUAGCUCCAGAAGUUUUGCUUAAAAAGGAAUAUGAUGGCAAGAUUGCGGAUGUGUGGUCUUGUGGGGUGACCUUAUAUGUCAUGUUGGUGGGUGCGUACCCUUUUGAGGAUCCAGAGGAACCUAAAAAUUUCCGCAAGACAAUUCAUAGAAUUUUGAAUGUUCAGUAUUCAAUCCCUGACUAUGUUCAUAUAUCAGCCGAGUGCCGUCAUCUGAUAUCAAGGAUUUUUGUUGCUGAUCCUGCAAAGAGAAUAAAUAUUCCUGAGAUUAGAAACCACGAGUGGUUUUUGAAGAACCUUCCGAGUGAUCUCAUGGAUGGGAAUACUAACAACCAGUUUGAGGAGCCUGAUCAACCAAUGCAAAGCAUAGAAGAAAUCAUGCAGAUAAUUAAGGAGGCUACAAUUCCUGCAGCUGGAUCUCAGUCUCUCAACCAUGAUCUCACUGGUAGUUUGGAUAUUGAUGAUGACAUGGAUUCGGAUCCUGAACUUGACUUAGACAGCAGUGGAGAAAUAGUGUAUGCUAUGUAAACUGGCGGAAGACCAUUGAACUGACUUUGGGGGUCAACAAAAUGUUAUGCCCCGGGUUGUUCAGUGCGUGUGGAAUAUGAACAAAUAUACUUCACUUUCUACCAUGAAGGAUACUGUGAUGGAAUUUUCAUUAUGCUGGGAGAGAAUCCACCCUGCUUGUGUUUAAGUUCUAUUUAUGAUCCUACUUGAUUAUCUGCUAGCUGCUUUGUAUUGAUUGCUGUGUGAUUUUUACAUUACCAUAUGAAUUGAUAGUCUUUACCUUUGGACCCA